GCGAGUUUUGGUUUGCGAUCGUGCGUUUCAAGGAUCUUGAAUUGCGUGUGUUUGCUGCAGUUGCACUUUAAACUUCGUUUACGUUCUUCAGCGUGUAGGAGAUGCCGACCUGCUGCGUGCAACGCUGCAGAUCGCGCUCUCUUCGCAAAGAGCCUGGAGUUUCAUUCCAUUCGUUUCCAAAAAAACCACAGCUAAGAGCAAAAUGGAUCGAGGCCUUGGGGAAAGACGUGAACUGGGUGCCGCCAGAGUGGAGCCGAGUUUGCUCGAAGCACUUUCACCCAGACGACUUCGUCCAAACGCAGUCUCUCGUCCGACUUCGACCAUGUGCAGUUCCCAAAUUUUUCCCACAACAUGAGCAUGCUGGAACCACAAGUGGGGCUGAAGCUACAGUGGAAGGCACAAUGGACAUCCCUACUGAAGACAGCACCCUGUCACACAUUUCACAAGUGCCCCCUGUAGAAGAGGUUGCUUCUACAUCAUUCGCAACACCACUGCAAACACAGGGGCGAGCCAUAGAGACUAGCUUUGAGCUGCUGUGGGACCCUCUCACCACUAUGGAAAUGGAAGUGGAUAGUUGCAGUCCUUCCACAGAACGCCUCCCUGUUGAGCUGGUGUCCCAAAUGAGCCAGGGCACGUCACCAAUUCCCUGUGACUCUCUGGUUGACAUGCAGGCGGAGAGUUCUAGUUCUGUGAUGGGAGGUGCACCCUCUGUGGAGCAAGUUCAACAGGAAUCCCCCGUGCUAUCACAAGAAUACAUGGAGGAAAAGGAACAGCAUGUUUCUGAACUCCUGUGGGAUCCUCUUGUCAGCGUGGACACUGAGGAAGCUGAAGGACCACGAGAGGGCACAAGUGGAUCUGCACUCGAGGAAGACUCAUCCCCUGGUUCUGGAAACCAUGCAAGUCAGGUUGAAGAGGAAACAUUUACUUCCCUCCCUGGCCCUUCUACAAGUGCGCAAAAGUUAUGGGUAAGCUCAGUCCCGUGUGUAGGUGCUGCAGACACACAGCUGCUAGCAUUACGCAGUCAUUCAUCGUUCGGCAAAAGCCCCGGAUCCUUCUGUCUUGCAUGGUGUGUAAUUUUAGGUUACAGAGCAGGUGCAUAUAGCCGCAUCUGCAUUUAAAUCUAUCCAUACUGAUUCUCUUCUCACAUGGCAGAAUGUGCAUGCAUUUUAACCUCAUUGCUCGAAAUAAAAUGUAUACUAAACACUUAUGACUGAUGAUUCAAUGAUGAUUUUACUAACAUCUACUGACUCUGUUCUGCACAAUGUACUCCUCUAUGUGAAUCAAUAAACAAAUGAAUUUUU